AAGUCCCACGCAGGAACGCGUCCAUCUUCUCCCCCCCCUGCUGCUUCCCUAGCUCCUCCAUCAGCUUCUCCGGUACUGCCAUGUCGUCCUCCGCCAUGGAAGCGCUCCACGCCCUGAUCCCGGCCGCCGCAGAGCACCACCACCACCACGACGAGGAGACCUCCGCGGCCCUCAGCCUCAGCAGCGGCGAGGAGAGCGGCCACGUGCUGCAGGGCUGGGCCAAGAAGAAGCGCUCGCGCCGCCACCGCUCCGAGGAGGAGAACCUCGCGCUCUGCCUCCUCAUGCUCUCCCGCAGCGGCGGCGGCGGCAACCACCGCGUCCAGGCGCCGCAGCCCUCGCUGUCAUCGUCCCCGGCCGAGUUCAGGUGCUCCGUCUGCGGCAAGUCCUUCGGCUCCUACCAGGCGCUGGGCGGUCACAAGACGAGCCACCGUGUGAAGCAGCCGGCCCCUCCCGCCGACUCCACCGCCCCACUCGCGCCCCCCGUCGUCGCCACCGCCGUCGUGGCGCCCGCCGAGCCGGCCACGUCGUCCACCGCCGCGUCCUCCGACGGCACAACCACCGGCAGGGUCCACAGGUGCUCCAUCUGCCACAAGGAGUUCCCCACCGGGCAGGCGCUCGGCGGGCACAAGCGGAAGCACUACGACGGCGGCGUGACCGCCACCGCGACCGCCACCGCCUCGUCCAACACCGAGCUCCUGGCCGUCGCGGCGGCCGCCGAGUCCGAGGUGGGGAGCACCGGCGCCAACGUGGGCUCCUACGCGGCCCGGGCCGCGUUCGAUCUCAACAUCCCGGCCGUGCCGGAGUUCGUGUGGCGCCCGUGCGCCAAGGGCAACAAGAUGAUGUGGGAGGACGACGAGGAGGUGCAGAGCCCGCUCGCCUUCAAGAAGCCACGCCUCCUCACGGCGUGAAUGGAUUCUACAUCUAGCUGCAUGCAUGGAUCCCAUCGAUCCAGCCGGCCAGCACAAGUUUUUGGUCCAAGUGGUGAAAUUGAGAGUCCGUCCGUCCGUUUGGUCAACACUAUUCGAUUCAUUCGUUUGGUUUAAUUUGUUCCUGCUAGCUCAUGUACAGAUUGAGCGUGUGAGUGAGUGAUACAGUACGUACAUCAUAGUAGGUAGCCAUACAUACUCAUAUAGGUAUAGGUGGAUCUUCAUCUUGUUGGUUGGUUCUUUGUAACGAUGGCAGACUACUUUGUUCUGUGGUCGUCAGUGUAUUGUAGUCAAUAGUAGUUCAUACAUACACACUCGUAUAGAGAUUGAUGAUGAACUAAUACUAUUAGUAGUAUAUACUCUGUGUAGUACUCUGUAAGAUACACAUGAAUGGAAAUUGGAGAUUAUUUGAGCUGAAA